UGCAAGGAAGGAAAAUAACCGAGGAGACCUGAGGCUGAAGGGAGGAGGGGAGGAGCCAGGAGGGAGGUAUAGACGUGUUGUGGGGCCCACGUGGCAGCAUCAAGGCCGGAAAAAGCCCAUGCGCUCCCUCUAUUUCUUUAAUGUCCCUCCAAAACUCUUCUUCGUCCGACUCAGGAGUCUGCUUUAGCCGCGGUCACAGCACACCACCACCACCCACUGAAAGCCUGAAAAAAUAAAACACAAGAAGAGCGACACCAAAUCCGUCUAUCAAUCCAUAGUUCCGUUUGCUGUUCGACUUCUUCUGCUUCAAUGGAUUCUUGGACUUCUUCUGUCGACGUUGACGAUGAAUUCGAAAAGCUCCUCAUUCGAAUGAAUCCUCCCAGGGUUACUGUUGACAACACUACAAGCAGGAAAGCAACGUUGAUUAAGGUUGAUAGCGCUAACAAGCACGGAAGCCUUUUAGAGGUCGUUCAGGUUCUGACCGAUAUGAAUCUUACAAUUAUCAGAGCUUACAUUUCUUCGGAUGGUGAAUGGUUUAUGGAUGUAUUCCAUGUUGUUGAUCAAGAUGGGAAUAAGCUAUUUGAUGAGAAAGUCAUCGACCGCAUUCAACAGUCACUUGGAUCAAGAGCACAAAGCCUUCGGUCCCUGAGAAGAUCAGUUGGUGUACAGGCUGCUGCAGAGCAUACAACAAUUGAAUUGACUGGAAGAGACCGUCCAGGAUUACUUUCAGAGAUCUUUGCCGUUCUUACAGACCUCAAAUGCAAUGUAGUAGCUGCUGAAGUUUGGACCCAUAAUUCAAGGAUGGCAUCAGUUGUGUACAUCACAGAUGAAGCUACUGGAUCACCAAUUGAUGAUCCUGACAGGCUUGCAAGGAUCAAACAACUCCUCCUUUAUGUGCUUAAAGGGGAUAGAGAUAUGCGCACUGCCAACACUGCUGUUUCUGUGGGCACCACUCAUACUGAAAGGAGGCUGCAUCAAAUGAUGUAUGCUGAUCGUGAUUAUGAUAGAGAAGAUAUGGGCAACAGUCCCGCAAUUGAUCGAAGCAAACCAUGUGUGACAGUUGAGAACUGUGCAGAUAAGGGGUACACUGUAGUGAAUUUGAGGUGCCGUGACCGGCCCAAGCUUCUCUUUGAUAUUGUGUGCACAUUAACAGACAUGCAGUAUGUUGUUUUCCAUGGAACCGUUGGUACAGAAGGACUAGAGGCUUAUCAGGAAUAUUACAUCAGACACAAGGAUGGAUACCCCAUUAGGUCUGAAGCAGAAAGGCAACGAUUAGUGCAUUGCUUGGAGGCUGCUGUUCAGAGGCGAAGUACAGAAGGAAUAAGACUUGAGCUCUGUAUUGAAGACCGGAUUGGGCUCCUAUCUGAUGUAACCCGCAUCUUCAGAGAGAAUGGGCUUUCAGUCACUCGGGCUGAAGUAACAACCAGGGGGUCCCAGGCUGUGAACUCGUUCUAUGUGACAGAUUCAUCAGGGAAUCCAGUGAAGAGUGAAACAAUUGAGUCUGUGCGAAGUGAGAUUGGCCAGACAGUUCUCAGGGUGAAGGAUAACAUCUACACAAAUUCUCCACCACAAGAAAGCGGAAGGUUCUCUCUUGGUAAUCUCUUUCGAUCUAGAUCAGAGAAGUUUCUUUAUAAUUUGGGGUUAAUAAGAUCAUGCUCCUAAACAGAGCAUUAUCAGGUCAACCUGGUACAACCAUCCAAUGUACAUACGAAUUAAAGGUAGUUUGUGCAAGCAGGUUUGUUCUAACCAUUUGUGUUCGGAUGGACAUGUGAACUUCCCUUCAACAUAUUGUUGAUUUGGGCUUGCCUCCGGAUCUCUCUCCGGUCACUUUGUAAAAUUAAUUAUAUGAAAAACAUCUCUCUUGUAGCUUCCUUUGACCCACAAGGGUAUUGUAAAGUGUAAAUAUGCUUAUGCAACUAUCAAUAACAUCAGGAUGUUAAUGUUCUA